AUGAGUAAGAGGGGAAUACAGAUUCAUACCGGAGCUGAGAUUCGGAGGCAUAGGCAAGAGAGAAGCAAGAAACUGUUUUUUGAGGUCCAUGGCCUAGAUAGCGAUGAGAAUCUGACUAGAGAUGAUACAGGAAGAUAUGUGUGUGCUACUUGCAAUACAAGGCAUUCUACAGAGAUGAGCUAUGUACGCCAUAGAGAAGGCAGGAAACAUAAUGCAAGGAUCAACAAGGAGAAUACUGCUGGGAUAGGUGUGCCAGUGCAUGAGAUACGCUGUUUGGUGCAAGGGGGCAGAAAGGGAUAUAGCAUCGUGAUAAGAUAUGAGCUUGCCGAGGAGCUUCCACAGUAUCGCUUUGUGAGUAGCCUUGAGCAGGGUGUAGAAGAAUAUGAUGAUAGAUACCGGUAUAUUGUGUUUGUAUGCAAACCAUACGACAAUAUUGGCUUUAGGUUUGAGAACAAGCAAACUGAUGCAACUCUGAUGCAUCAAGAGCUUGACGAAGAGCAAGGAGUGUAUGCUUUUCGGUUUUUCUUUGAUGAUACAACAGAGAUGUGUCUGUGA